UUUUGUUUAAUAAAAUAAAGAUGAUUAGUUUUAUAAACUGAACUAUAAGUUUUCGACAGAGUUUUCUUAAUUACAAUUAUAAGAUUUCAAGUCCUGCAACACAGCUUUAAGUUAGGGUAUGUUCGAAAAUAGUAAUGUAACCUUUGAUAUAGUAACAAAACAAUUUGAAUGGGUUUAAAUCGUAAAAUCGUUGAAAAAAAUAACUUUACUUGCUAUUUUAGUAAUCAAUAAUACUAUCAAGUUAAAUUUAAAAUUAAAUUAAUAUUUAAAUCUCAAAAACGUAAUCGUAAAAAAUAUAUUUAUGAUAUCCGAAAGCCCCCAUACAUUGCUAAGCAAUGACAUUGACAAUGACGUAUAUGAGCUCCCAAAAUUGUCAAAUUAGUCGUGAUUGUCUCGCGUAUUCCCUAUAUUUUUAUUUAAUAAUAUUUUAUUAUGAAUAUGUUAUCUGAAACCUUUCAAACAUAUGAAUAAGAUACUCUAUUAAAACUGUAAAACGUUGCCAUAUUUAAUUUUCGACUAUGGAGUUGAUUUUGUGGAAAAACAUCCAUCCGGCCGGAAAGCAAGCGAUUUUGUGUUUUUUAGUUUGUGCUUUUACUUUCACGAUAUCUUUUUUCUCGGGUAACAUUCUAGGCUUCUCUUCGGAGCUGUGGGCGCUGACAUACUGGGGCCCUGGGCUGUACUUCUGCUUAUUUAACUUCAUCCUCAGAUAUUGUUACAAGGGCUUCAUAUAUGAGGUGUCUGUCAGAUCAGCAUUCCUCGGUGCUGCCUUUGCUACCGGUGUCCACCUCAGCACUUUCGACUCUGGUUGGCGGGUGUUUGGCCUCUACACCAUGGCACUCACGUUUUUCCACUUCUCAGAGUUCAUGGCGGUGGCACUGACGAACCCUCGGACGCUGUCCAUUGACUCGUUCAUAUUGAAUCAUAGUCUGCAAUAUGGGCUUGCUGCUGUAGCCAGCUGGACGGAGUGGGCUGUGGAAUAUUUCUUCUUUCCUGAAAUGAAGACAUGCUUCUUGCUGUCGGCAGUAGGAUUCCUCAUGUGCAUCGGUGGCGAGCUGCUGAGGAAGUCGGCCAUGUUCACGGCCAGGACAAAUUUUAAUCACACGGUGCAGUUCGUGAAGAAGCCGGACCACGAGCUGGUGACGCGCGGCGUGUACUCCCUGUGCCGGCACCCCAGCUACGUGGGCUGGUUCUAUUGGUCCGUUGGCACGCAGAUUACACUUCUAAAUCCAAUCUGCAUGGUGCUAUACACGCUGGCCUCCUGGCUGUUCUUCCGCGAACGCGUCGAGGCCGAAGAACUUACGCUCCUGGCCUUCUUCGGCCCCCAGUACGAGCGGUACUGUCGGGACGUCGGGACCGGACUACCAUUCAUUAAAGGGUACCAGCCUGAUGAGGAGGACAAGGUACCUAAACAACGGAGUUAUUGAGGAAAUGUGAAAUUAUAAGAGAGUGCGUAAAUACAGAGUGUGCCAAAUAAACUUUUAAUUCACAAGUUAUACAUGGAGCUCUUUCUGUACCAAUGGCUAGGUAAAACAAUCAUUAUAUUGCCCUACCUGGCGUUGUCAGACUUUUGCCACGGCUCAUCAUCUACCUAGCAUUACCUGGCUUUUUGCCAUGGCUCGCCAAGGGACUACCUACCUAAUAACAAAGAGAAUUUGAAAUAGAGGCGGAUUGUCAAAGAAAACUUUGUAGCCUCAGUAAAUUUACUGUCAUCUUUUGACACAUGAUUAAAACUUUUAGAACGUAGAAAUACAUAGUUGGAUAACCUUAAUAGUGGAGUUGGGUUACAUGGGUAAUAAUACUUGUCGAAAAUGUUAAAAAGGAAAAUAAUUUUACUUUACUACUUUAACCUUUUGACCGCCAAAGGCGUCAUAUGACGCGCGCGGCUACAGCCCAAUAUCAACCUUCAUGCGUACCGACAAGGUUCACGAUUACGCGCCGCGUACGGUAGGCGUGGCGUUCAAAAGGUUAAAAUAGAUAAACAAUUCAAAAAACACUCGAUACGCGUUUUAAAAUAGCAUGAAAGUCAAGGAACUGUUCUAGUCUGUAUCUUUAGGUAUUUAAAAAAAGGUAAACAAAAUCUACCCUCAAAUGGCUCCUUAAGGCAGUUGAGGGUAGAUGAAAACAUUACAUGAUCAAAUAAUGUAGGUUUAAAGUCAGGUCGUUCAGUGCCACAUCCAGGCGGUUUUGUAUUUGGUUGGUUAACCAAUAAAUAUUAAAACUACCCGAAAAUGUACAAAUUGUUUGUUUACCUUUUUUUAAAUACCUAAAGAUACAGACUAUAAGACCCGUUACCAUCUGUCUAUAGGUCUGAUUCUGAGACUUUAUUUUGUAUAGUUCAUACCUGUGUAAAUAUGUCGUAUUUUCAUAAAGUUGCAUUUAAAAGUGUUUCAUAUAGCACAAUACUUGUGUUCAUAAGUAUGUUUGAGAAUAUUCUGUACUUGUGUAUAUUAAUAUUGUAUUUUUUAUGUAUAUAAAGUAGCAUAUGAUAUGAUACAAUACAAUACAAAUACUCUUUAUUGCACACCUCAAUACAGAAACAAUACAAUUAAUACAACACAUAAAGAAGAGGUCAACAACAGGCGGUCUUAUCGCUAAAAAGCGAUCUCUACCAGACAACCUUUAGGUAUGAUUUUAGUUAGAUGAGAAAAUGUUUAACAAGAUUCACAAAUUUUUUUGUGUGUAUAAUUUUUCACUCGAUUUAUUGUUUUUUGCAAAUAUCGAUACCUGUUUGACGGUAAGAUAGGUCCAGGUCCAGAUAUAUGUAUAAAUCUAUGCAAAAAAAAUCGAAAAGUGACAGUAUCCAAAGUCAUAUUUAUGUAUAUAUUUUGUAACAAAAAUAUCAAAAUAGAUCCAAUAAUAUCUAGUCGAAGUAUCUUUUUUUUUUACUUUACUCAUUCUAAUGACAUGUGUACUAAUAUUUAUUUACCAGUAAGUACUUAAGUAAACCAGUCAGACUGUGCUAUUUGUAAAUACCUUAAAUAAGAGGAUAUUCAGUAUUCUAUUAAGUAUAUUGAAAAGACUAUUUAUACAUAUUUUGAUUGUUAUCAUUUUUUUAGAUGAAGGUAGAAAAAAAAUAUGUUGUAUAACAUACUGUUACAACCAGACAAAGCUGAGCAUUAAAUUGCAUUUCUUGAAUUGUUGCGAUAUUGCGAUAGUGAUCUACUUAUAUGAAUUGUUAGUUUGGGUUCUGGAAGUUACCGGGCUCUGCGACCAGUUUAUGCAUAUACUAGCAUGUACUAAUUGAUAAUUCCUCUCUCACAUCAGAUUUAUCGUAUGGCACAUAAACUAUAACAGAAACAGUAAAAUAAGUAAAGGUUACCAAAUAUACAAUGGUUGGCUUUUGGAACUACAGUAAUUAGCCCGCAAUAUUGUAUUAAAUUCACCAGACUAGCUGUUUAUUAAAAAUGAGUACUUUUGACAAUCAGCCGUUAAUCAGCAACUUUUUAACCGUUUCUUUGUUGUCAAUUGUCAUUGUUAGUGAUCAGUUUAGUGUAUGGAAGGUAGAGGCAAGGAAUGGAAUCUCCAUAGGCAGAACUGUUGCAAAAGUGUCCAGCUGUCAGCUAUAAAUAAUAGUUCCAAAUCUCUCCGGAGUAGCGCUAGAGUAGCUAAGAACCUAGGCAUUAUUGACGCAGUAGAUUCAAGGUAUUGUAGAGCCACCUAUUUAUGGUUUUUUUUUUGUGAGACAUUUCUGGUACAUGGAGAUUCUAUUCCUUAACUCUACCUUCCAUAGUUUAGUGCAUUGACAGUUAUCUAAGGACGGGCCUUACGAGCGUCAAAAAUUGGCCAAGUGCGAGUCGGACUCGCACAGGAAGGGUUCCGUACCAUUAUCUAUUAAAAACCGUCACCCAUCCAAGUACUGACCCCGCCCGACGUUGCUUAACUUCGGUGAUUGGAUGAGAAUCCCGAGAUUGGAAAUAAAUAUUUAUUUAAUUCUUGUUUUUAGUAUUUGUUGUUAUAGCGGCAACAGAAAUACAUAAUCUGUAGAAAUUUCAACUGGCUAACUAUCACAGUUCAUGAGAUACAGCCUGGUGACAGACGGACGGACGGACAGUGGAGUCUCAGUAAUAGGGUUCCGUUUGACCCUUUGGGUACGGAACCCUAAUAAAAAUGGGGCCACUACGUGGCGCCAAUCGUGCAGUCUAACGCCAUAAUGCGAUUGGUUGAUGAGUUCGCAUCACUACUUGCGUUAGACUGCAGGAUUGGCUUGAAUUCGUGAAUGACCGCUUGUCUAUGGUCACCUAUGGUCAUUCUAAGUGCCCGUAAGGCCCGUCCUUAGAUAUAUGUCAAUGGCAGCAGUAUUAUUCCGUAAAGUUUAUUCUUUUAACUAAAUUGUAAAUAUUUCGUAGUUUAAAAUAAGCUUGUAUGUGAAUGGUUGUGAAUGUCUGAUAUAAUAUGUUAAUUAAUUUAAAUAAGACUAUUAAAUUGACGCUUGACUGAA